GACAGCUUUCACAGAAUCCAGCUGCCAACAUUGUUCUGCCGCAAUCCCUGGACAAUUCUUUCUUGUCUCCAAAACAAAUACAGCUCAUUAUUUACAGAAUCUGGGCUUACAUUGCGGCUCCGACGAGAACCUGACCCGUUACGUCCGACACCUGCUGCCUAGACGAUCGUUCAGUUGGGUUGGGCUCUCGACAUUCCGAAAUAAUUACCUAGUGAACGACCCGAUAUACCCGAUGUUCCGGGGCAGGAUGCCUCCGUCGGCAAACGCAUUCAGUACGCUGCGUGCCCGUUCAUACGUCGUCCGGUUACCCUUAUUUACUCGAGUCGUCGUGUUGGUGAUACUAUUGGCAUGGCUCGUCGGGUUGCAACAAGCUUGGGACGUUCGGAAAUGGGGAGCGCUGGACCCUACCGAGAUAUCCUUUGCGUCCGCGUACCGCAUUAAUACGUUUCCAUUCAUCCACGUCAACUUUCUACACGCCUUCCUGAACAUCCUCGCGUUGACGCCUUUACUGGAGCGCUUCGAGACCGAGUUCGGCACGCUCACAUCCGUUGCUCUCUUCAUGGGCCCGUUAACCACGAUACCGGCGGUUCUCUAUAUCGUCCUCGAGACAUUCCUUCUCCGCGGCAACGCCUCCGUGAUGGGCGCGAGCCUCUGGGUGUUCCUCCUUCUCGGCGUGGAGGCCAUCCGAACAUUCAAGUCUAACCCGUAUCUCACUCUUGCCACAUGGCAAAUCCCUACGUGGACAAUGCCGCUUAUCAUGGUGGUAGCCGUGACCGCACUAGUCCCUGGGACCAGCUUUCUUGGUCACCUCUGCAGUGUCUGCGUUGGCUACUUAUUCGGACUCGGAUAUCUUCGAUUUCUAGCACCGCCUGAGAAAGUGCUCCGCUGGAUUGAAUCUAAGCUGAACCUCCUGGGCCGGCUUCCCCACUACAUCAGCGUAGAUCGAAAGACGUACGGACGCUUCGGCGUGCUGCCCAGCAGCAAUCACGCGGCCGGAGGAAGCGGUAUGACCUUGGUGAUGGACGGACCGGGCCAACGACUGGGGCCAUAAGAGGAUGGGCAGGCAGGCUUUCCCCCUGCCUAUCGUGUAUACUAAGCAACAUUCGAAGCACUGGCUAGCGAUCUGGCCCUUCAGCGGCUUUUCUAUAUGCAGCAUGUAUCAGGAGUUUUCGGUGGUAUAUCCGGCUACGCUAGCUUGGCUUAUGGAUCCAAAUGUACGGUAUUCACGGCCGCUGUAUUGGUAUUCGAAUAUGGGUUAAUGUGUUAACGGUCAAAAAGGACAUCUAAAGCCCUCGGUUGCGGUUUAUCAAGGGAACCUUUAACAGGCCCCUACUUUUUCAUUGAUCUAUUCAUACUUGUUUAUAUCCUUCUGGCCCGUUUGUUUUUUUUUGGACGUACUAAAUAAAGCCUAAGGCCCCGUGUCGUAUGGGCAG